AUGGGCAAUAAGAUUGUGACGUUUACCGAUCAGCAGUUGGAGGACUAUCAGGAUUGUACGUUUUUCACGAGGAAAGAAAUCCUUCGCGUUCACCAACGCUUCCACGAAGCUAGUCCGGAUCUGGUGCCACAAAUAAUGACCGAAGGUCAGGCGUCCUCGAUACAAGUGCCACGGGAGCGCAUCGAACGAUUGCCGGAGUUGGUGGAAAACCCAUUCAAAGGGCGUAUGUGUGAGGCGUUUUCGCGCGACGGUGACGGGAAUCUCACGUUCGAAGACUUUCUGGACCUGUUGUCAGUUUUCAGCGAGCACGCCCCGAGAGACAUAAAAGUGUACUACGCAUUCAAAAUAUACGAUUAUGAUCGAGAUGGGUUUAUUGGCCAGUCGGACCUGCUGAACGUUAUCACGGCGCUGACCCGCAACGAGCUGACGGUUGAAGAGCAUCAACAAAUCGCGGAAAAAGUGAUCGAAGAAGCGGAUGUGGAUGGUGAUGGGAAGCUAUCUUACUUGGAGUUUGAACACGUGAUCACGCGAGCUCCUGAUUUUAUUUCCACGUUUCACAUCCGUAUCUAA